AUGGAAAGUAAGUCUUACUGUACUACGUCGUCAAGCACAUUCCCAUACCCCUCAAAAAACAGAAAUUUUGAUGUCAAAAAGAAGAAGAAAAAUGGAAGAGAGAAACACAAAGGCACAGUAAUACAAACGAUGACCAUUACACUAAUACACCCUAGCCUACCCUCCCUCCCUUCAGACAAGCUGUAUCUAACCAUCUUUUCUAGUCUCCUUUCCACACUCACUUCCUUGUUUCCUCCCUCUCUCUCUCGCUCCUCCCAUCCUAUUCAUCAGUCAACUCCUUUCCCCCACCCCUUCCCAUCCAUCCAUCCAUCCAUCCACCCAUCCCUCACAAAUCCAAAUCCAAUUAACACCUCCUACCCUACCCAACCCAACCUUACCCUUCCAUCACUUCAUUCCAUUCCAACCCACCAAUCUCAAAAGUCCUCAAGAAAGAGAAAAGAGAAAAAUAAAUCAAACCCCAUCCCAUCACACACUCCCCAAACGCCAUCUUGCUACUACCCCUCUCUUGAUUCACAAAGAGAGGAAGGUAAGUCGCGAAGAUAUGUAAGAAUCAAAGAAAAGAAAAGAGAAAAGAGAACUCCAAUCCAUCCAUUACCCAGCUAUCCAUCCGCCAAGGCACCAAGCCACGUCAACGACCGCUCGAGCGAGAAAGAAAAGAAAGAGAAUAACGAGCAGGUAUCAAUGCCCAUGCUAAUACCGUGUACAUCGUCGGGUGCGAACGAUUUCGGAAUGAACAAACUCCUUGCCUGGGCCAGUCCGUCCCAAAUCGAAAAAAGAUGCAAAGGAAACCAAGCAAACGAACAACGCUUAAUUCAAAUACUCAUCCAGCAAAACAUCCCCGUAGUACAAACCAGUAUCAACGUCGUCAAAAUCCCCGCACCAACCCGAUCCGCCUGGGUAGCAGGUUUGAUCGGCUCCAGUGUAUCUGAACUCCCACUCCCAGCAUUCGGAUUACUUUCACUAGUUCCACCCGUAGCAUUCGUCAGAGGAGCACCAAUAGGAACGAGAUCAAUGAGGUUGACGAAAAUCGCAGACAUGGCUGCCAUUUCUUGA